AUGCGCAUUCUCUGUCUACAUGGAGCGGGUACCAAUUCCCGAAUAUUCGAGAUCCAGACAGCUGCCAUUCGGUAUGAACUAGGCGACAAUCAUAUUUAUGAUUUUGUUGAAGGAACCAUUCCUUCCAAGAUGCAACCAGGUAUUGACGUGGUGGCUUGGAAGGACGAACCAGUGUACGCCUACUUCGAUGAGCACAAUCCCCAAACCGGAUUUGCGGCUUAUCAUUAUUUGGAAGACUACCUUCUUGACGAGGGGCCCUAUGAUGGGGUUAUCGCAUUCAGCCAAGCAGGCACGAUGAUCCUCACGUACCUGAUUCAUCUUGCCAAGCGCGAUCCUCAGGCUGAGAUGCCAUUCAAAUUUGCAAUUAUCCUUUCGAUCACCCAUCCCCCUCUUGAUUAUGAAGCUCUUCAGAAAGGUCGUGUGAUGACCGUGGAUCUCGAAGCCACCAAAGGCAUUAUUCCAAUCCCAACGGCCCACAUCUGGGGCUCACUAGACGAGCCAGCCAGCCGGGUAGCCACGUCAAAUAGUGUCUGCAAGGCUGAGGUGAGAUGGGUUGUCGCGCUGGGUCUCUUCUUAGCUACAGCUGAGAUCACAGUAAUCAGCACAUCGCUUGUCACCAUCAACGAACACCUUGGACGAGGCAAUCAAAGUACGUGGGUCAUCACGUCGUACCUCUUAACCUACACCGGAUUUCUCGCCCCUUGGUCUAAAUGCGCUGUCACUUUUGGUCACAAACCAACCUUAUUGAGCUCUCUCCUCCUAUUCAUUGCUUUUUCCGGGGGCUGUGGUGCCGCCCAAAGCAUCAACCAACUCAUCAUCUGCCGUGCUUUUCAGGGAAUCGGCGGCUCCGGACUUUUCACGCUUGGACUAUAUAGCCUAGUGCGCAUCGUGCCUCCGAAAAAAUAUGCGAUUGCCAGCGCCGUCGGCUCCAGCGUGUUGACUUUCGCCCUCAUCUUGGGAUCGCUGAUCGGAGGUGGCAUUAGCAGUUCUGGCUCGUGGCGCUGGGUUUUUCUCUUCAACGUCCCUGCGGGGGGAUGGGCGUGGAUUACGCUCUUCCUGCUCGCUCCGAGGCACUUUGGUGGGAGGAUCAGGACUCGUCCUGUACGGACCCAACUGCAUGAAUUCCUGACUCAGGCCGACCUGUUGGGAUACCUACUUCUGUUAUCGUUUUCGAUGCUAUUAGUGGCCGCUUUGGAGGAAGCCAAUGUUCGAUAUGCCUGGUCAUCCGGGAUUAUCAUUGGGUGUUUGGCCAGCUCGGGCGUCCUUCUGGUGGCCUUUCUGGUUUGGGAGUGGAUCCUCAGCAGCCGAAAGCACGUGCGCAUGGAACCCAUGUUGCCAUGGCGGUUGUUCAGAAGCAGAGUGGUGUUGGGAAUAAUCAUUGGCUUCUUCCUGACUGGGCCUGCAAUCACUAUACUAUACAUCGAGCUCCCCCAAAAAUUCCAGACCGUCAAUAACUUCACCCCAAUAGAGGCGGGCUUGAGGGUUCUCGCCUUUGGGGUGGGCUCCCCGGCGGGGGCAUUAUGCUGCACUGUCCUGGCCGGUCGGCUGGGAACUCCGUUUGUCUAUCUGACAUUGGCUGGGUCCGUGCUGCAGAUAGUGGGGGCCUUCCUGCUGUCUUCCGUGCCGGCCACCGUGAAUGCCUGGCCGGGCGAGUAUGGAUACAUGGCUGUGACUGGUCUGGGCACCGGAAUAUCCAUCGCGGCCCUGUACAUGGCUGUUCCGAUGGUGGUCGGACAUCGUGAUCAAGCCGUUGUAAUGGGCUUGACCCUCCAGGCCCGCAUGCUGGGUGCCUCGCUAGGCAUUGCCAUUGUAAAUAGCAUAUUGAGCAAUUAUGUUAAAGGGCAUCUUCCGCCCGCCAACGCUGCUGCAGACCAGAACCAUCUCUCCGGAUUACCGAUGAAUGUACAGGAAACGAUCCGUACAGCAUAUGCACAUGGUUAUAAUCACCAGAUGUACGCAGUUGGGGCUUGCGGUGUGGCCCAGCUGUUUGCGGUUGUGCUGAUGUGGAAGAAAAACCAAGUCCGGUUCGAUCGUCAAGCGAAGGCGACUUGGGCCUAUGAUCACGAGACCAACCAAGAACCUGGAAACCUGGACGGCUCAGUGGUAAGGCAGUAG